AUGAAGCAUCGAUCACACUUAAAACAGGUAAACAAACAGUUUAAGAAGAAUAAAACCCAGAAAAAAAAUAAAAAUGUUAAUAAAAAGGCGCAUAAGAAAAAAAAAAAAACAGUGGAAAAAUACAGUCAUAUGCUACAUAGAGCAUAUCAAGCGCAUAAUACAAAAUCGAGCAUUUUAAAAAAUGAAUUGGAAGAAAAAUCAAAAUAUAUUCCCAUUUACAACUCCUUAAAUGUGUGUUUAUUAUCAUUUCAUGAAGAUGUCGAUUUAUUAUCUUUCAAAAGGGAAUUUAUAAAAUAUCUAUGUGAGCAAAAUGAAGAUGAUUCGAUAGAAUAUGAUAAUAUACAACUUUAUGAUAUAUAUACAAUACAUUCCGACAAAACAAAACGAAAAAGGUCCUUAGUAGUUUAUGAUGUACCGCGAAAUAUAUAUGGCAUUAUUGAUGGGACAAAAUGCGCUGAUUUAAUUUUAUGUAUAUUUAAAGAUGGAUCCCUUGAAAAUUCGGCAUUUGAUAAUCUUGGAUAUGAGCUAUUAUCAAUAUUAAAAAUUCAAGGGGUCCCAUCAAUUAUUGGGAUAGGGUAUAACACAAGUGAAAACAAAAAAUAUUCUAAAAAUUUUGUAUCUAGAUAUUUUAACUCGGAAUUUACAAUGGAUGAUAAAAUAUUUUUUAUAAAUAGCAGUAACUAUACUGACAAUAUUGGGAAUAAUUAUGGCAUUAAUAAGAGUAGUGAUAAUAAUAACACAAAUUUCCAAAAACUUUACUACGAAAUAAUGAAUAUGAAAGUGAAAAAUGUUUCAUUUAGAGAAGGAAGAGGAUAUAUGAUGAUAGAUUCAUAUGCUUAUAACCCUCAGAAUGAUUCAAUUUAUUUAAAAGGGUUUGUUAAAGGUGCAGGCUUUAAUGUUCACAACCCUAUACAUAUAACGAACAUUGGUGAUUAUUAUUUGGAUGACAUAUAUGCUAUAGAUACAAUGAAAAGGAAACGAAACUCCACCAGCAAUAAUAGAAAUAAUUAUAAUUACGAUAUAAAUCACGAAACAUCAGAAUUUUUCUUAAAUCAAAACAUUCAAAGAAAUGAAGAAAAUGAAAAAUACUUUAUUACCAAUUUUUUGAACAAUGAGAAAAUAAUGGCUAGAAAUAUUAAUUACAACUUUGAUCGUAUUCAAAAUUGUAUAAAUAGAAAUACUUUAGAUGAUGAAAAUAAUUUAAUACCGGUUCGUCCAUAUAUGGGAGACGAUAAUAAUUUUAAUGAUAAAAAUAUGAUGAUGGUAUUAAAAAAACAAAACAUGCCUGAAUUAUCCCCAUUUAACCUAAACCACGAAGAUGACAAUAAUACGACUGUGUAUAAAUUCAAUUUAAAUAAGGAAAUGGGAAUACAAAACAAUGAACCAUCUAAUGAGUAUAACAAUAAUAUAUACACAAUGAAUGCACAUUUGAGUAAUGGUAAUCAUAUGGAAACAAUGAAUGGGAUGAACAGAUUCGGCCAAUUUUCUAAUAAUGAAAAUACACAAAAUAUGAAUAAUAAGAAUAGAUGGAUGUAUGUAUCCAAUGAAAAAUAUGAAGCAAGUGAUAAUGCCAUAUGUUCAUAUGAUAGAUCUCAGCCAAUAAUUGAUAUUCAAAAUGGCGUAGUUAAUAAUUUUGAGGGCAAUAAAAAUGGCUUAAAUGGUUCAUCCUUUUUAGAAAAUAAUUCUGACGAUAGUGAAAAUGAAAAUUUUAGUGAUAACAGUAGCAACAAAAGUAGUAACAGCGAUAAUGAUGAUAAUAAUGAUAUCGAAAGAGACGAAGAAAAUAUCGAGGAUAUUUAUCUGAAUAAAAAUAUAUGUGCAAGGGAAAGAUUUAAAAGAUAUAGAAGUUUACAAAGUUUGAGAACAUCAUUUAUUGAUGUUUAUGAAGAUCUUCCAUUAGCAUAUUCUCGAGUUUACGAUUAUGAAUGCCAUGAAAAUUUAAUGAAAUAUUCUAAAAAAAAAUAUAUAGAAAAUUGUAAGAUUAUACAAGAGAAAUAUUCUCUAGCAGAUACUUAUUGCAUAUUCGUUAUAAAAAAUGAUGGUAAUUUAAUUAAUUUAAUGAAUAAUUAUGAGAAAUUAAAGCUACCUUUUAUUUUAUCGAGCAUAUUGCCUUUUGAAAGAAAAGUGACAGUAGUAAAUAUGGAAAUUGAAAAAUCUUCUACCUAUUUAGAAAAUGUUCAAUCUAAAGAUAUUUUCAAAAUUAUAUGUGGAUUUCGCCAUUUUAUAGGGGCUCCAAUUUUCAGUGAACAAAUUAUUAAAAGCAUACAAUCUAAGGGAAAGUAUGAAAAAUUUGUGAAACAUGGAAAAAAAUAUAUUGCUUCGAUAUUUGGGUUUACUACAGUUACUAGUUCACCUGUUUUUAUUAUAAAGACUAAAAAUAUAAUAAAUUAUGGUGUAGAGCAAUACAACAAUAUUAGCACCUUACAAAAUAUGGGAAAUACAGACUAUUUAUUCAACACAAACAAUGUGAAUAGUAUUUUUGGAAAUGGAAAUACUAAUAUCACACAAUUUAAUGCAUUAAAUGACUUUAACGCCCAUGCAGAGUUAGUAGCACAUGGUAAAGUUGUUAAUUGCGAUUGUAAAAGAAUAAUUAUGAAAAGAAUAAGUAUUUGUGGCAAUAUUUUUAAAAUUCAUAAGAAAAAAGCGGUUAUAAGAAAUAUGUUUUACAACCCUAAAGAUAUAAACUAUUUCAAACCUGUUGAAUUGCAUACAAAAUUUGGACUAACUGGAAAAAUAUUAGAAUCUUUAGGAACACACGGAAAAAUGAAAUGCUUAUUUAGCAGUAUUCUAAAGCAGCACGACAAAGUUUUUAUGUUUUUGUAUAAAAGAGUUUAUCCAGUUUGGUUUCCUAUGGCAUGGGGUGGCGAUCCACAAUUAGGUCCUAAUGAUAAACCAAUGACGAAUAAAAAUGAACACAGAAUGGUAUUAUAA